AUGGGGUUCAUCGACGGAAUUCCGGGGAACCUCAACAACAUGAGCAUGCCAUCCAUGGGCUCCGAUAUCGACCCGUUCAAGGUCGCAGCGGGCUUAGCCGUUGCCGUCGGGGUCGCCGCGAUCGGCGGCGUCGCUGCAGCGGUGACGGUCGGAGGCAUCAUCGUUCUCCGGGAGCAGGGUCAGUUCAUGCUGCCUUGGGAGGACAAACCCAAGGCUGUCAGGCCUGCGCCGCUGACGGUGCAGCAGUGGAGGGAUUGCUUCGACGACGCCACCGGUCGCCUGAAGGGCGGCGGCGUGACGGCUAUUGGUCGUGUUCGGCUUGGGGGAUGCGACGCGGAGAUCAGAGCCGAGGUCUGGCCGUUUCUCCUUGGCCUGUACGAAGCGGAGAGCACGGAGGCGGAGAGGGCGCAGCUGCGCGCGCAGAGGCGCGUGCUGUACGAGGAGAUCCGCGCGAUUGCGGCGCGCGUGGCGGUGAUUGCGCGGCAGGCGGAGGAGGAGGCGACGAGGAGGAUGAAGGAGGAGGAGGAGAGGGAGGAUAGGGAGGAGCGGGAGAGGGAAGAGAGGCAGAUGAAGGAGGGAGAGGAGAGGGAGAGGGAGGAAAGGGAGAGGGAGGAGAGAGAGGAAAGGGAGGGGGAGGAGUCGGAGAGAGGAAAGAGCAACGAAGGCGGCAGCAGUCAGGAGGAGGUCACGUCCAGGGUCAGAGGGGAUAAUGGCGGCAAUGCUGAUGGAAGUGGGAGUGGAAAUGAGGACGGUAAUGGUAGCAAUGGUGGCGAAAACAGUGGUGUUGGUAACGCGAGCGAUGACGAGUUCAGUGAUGCUGUGUGCGUGGACUCCGCAUGCGCCAGUCUGUCCGUAUCCACCGAGUCUUUCGUGGAUGUCGCACGUGAGGAGGCUGCUCAUGCCGCUGCUGCUGACGCUGAUGCUGGUGGUGGUUCUGCCCUGGAGGCUGCAGAUGCCCCUGGUGCCCUCUCAGGCGAAGCAGGAGAAGCAGAAGCUGUCGCGAGCGCGGGAGCAGGCGCAGGGGAGGAGGCGGAUGGUUCAGAGGGCAGAGAAGCCUCUGGAGGUAGCUGUGGGGGAGAUGGCGGCAACACGGCCGAUGAUGAAAAGGAAGAUGACAAGGAUGAUGAUGAUGGUGGUGGUGGUGAUGAUGAUGAUGAUGAUGAUGAUGGUGAUGAUGCCUCACGUGAGCAACGCCAAGAGCACCCGCUAGACUGCAAGAUCCCGGAGUGCUUCCGCCCGCGCACCAGCAGUAGCAGAGGAGGAGCAGCAGGAGGAGGGGCAGGAGGAGAGGCAGGAAUCGGCAGGGGCAGCACCUGCGGGCGGGGCAGCGGGUCCCUGGAGAAUUUUGUCACCUGGCAGCGUAUAAUGCGGUUGGAUGCGGUGCGAAUGAACGCUGCGUGGAUCCCUUAUUCCACCCAAAAGGCCUUCCCGCCCGAAGAAGCACUAGAGGCAGCAGCAGCCGCCGGCCUGCCAGAACACGGACACCUGUCGCCGCCCCAGCGGCUGCAUGCCGCCCGGCUGGUGGCGAUUUUGGAGGCAUAUGCGGUGUAUGAUCCCGAGGUGGGGUAUUGUCAAGGCAUGAGCGAUCUCCUAUCCCCGUUUGUAGCUCUUAUGGAGGAGGAUUCGGAGGCGUUUUGGUGCUUCGUGGCGUUCAUGCAGAGAGGAGGUGUGGGCAGCAGCGACUGCUCUGGCGUUGCUGACAGCGAUGGCAGCGGCACCACUAUGUAUAGCACCUGCUGUGCGGGCGGCGGCGCUCGGCACAACUUCAGAACGGACGAACGAGGCAUCCGGCGCCAGCUGGCGCGGGUAGCAGCAUUGCUGCGCACAGCAGACCCUCCUUUAUACGCGCAUCUGGAGGCAGUGGGGGCGGAGAGCUGCAUGUUUGCAUACAGAUGCGUGGUGGUGCUGAUGAGGCGCGAGCUGUCGUUUGAGCACACCAUGUGUCUGUGGGAAGUCAUGUGGGCCGAUGCCGCUGCCGCUGCUGCUGCUGCGAACGUUGCCCGUGCCGCUGCUGCUGCCGCCGCUCCUGUUACUGCUGCUGCGGCCGCGCCCACUUCUGCUGCAGCUGCUGCUGCUUCUGCUGCUGCUGCUGCUGCUGCUGGAGCUGAUGCGGCUGCGGUGGGUACUGUGGCUGAAGCUGGCACUGAAGGCGGUGGAAACGAAGCAGGUAAAGGCGGGGACUCGUCAGGGGGUACACGCAGUGAGGCAGAGGCGGGAGAGGAUUGCGAGUGGGAGAAGGUAGAGGCGGAGGAGGCAGAGGACAAAGGGCGUGGGGAGGGGGAGCGCAAGGGCGAGGAGGGAGGGGAGGGGGAAAGGGAGCGGUGGGAGUGGGACGACGAGAGCGCCCCUCUGCUGGACAACGGAUGGGGCGGUGCUUUUGGCUGGGCGGCUGCUGAUAAGAGCUCCAGUUGUUCUGACGCCACCACCACCACCGCUGCUGCUGCCGGUGACACCGCCACCAGCAGCAGCAACAGUGCACGUAACACAUGUACUGGCAAAGUUAGCAGAGAUGCAAGCAGGGACACGAUUGAAGAUACACGCAGAGAUCCACACAGGGAUGCGAGCAGGGUGAGCGGCAGUAGGAGGAAGAAGGCGUGGCAGGAGUGCCGGCCGCGGCCAGACUUCCUGCUCUUUGUGGUGGCAGCCAUUCUUGUGAGCCGCAGGGAGCAGGUGCUGUGCUGCCAGGGCCUGGACGAGGUGCUGCUGCUCUGCAACAGUCUCUCAGGACAGCUAGAUGUGUGGGAGCUCAUGCACUGUGCCAGGCAGCUAGCAGCUCGUCUUCCCUAG